AUGGGGGUGGACAGGCGGCAGAGAGCCUCGGCAGCCCUCUCGCUCGGCUUCCUCUCCUUAAUCUUCUCUAUCACAGCCUUCAGCAGCAGCUACUGGUGUGAAGGAACCCAGAAGGUAGCCAAACCAUUCUGCAGUGGACUUGCAGGUGGCACCCACUGCAUUGGGAUGAACAGCCCAGGUGGGAAUGACAGCAGCAUGGUUCAGUACAUCUGGGAGACGGGAGACGACAAGUUUGUGGAUCGAAAGUUUCAUGCCGGUAUUUGGCAUUCUUGUGAAGAGAUGAUCAGUGGGAAAGGUGAGAAAUGCAGAAGCUUCAUCAGCCUGACACCCCCAGCAGUUCAAGGAGUUCUAUGGCUGUCCAUUGCCGCAGAGAUCCUCUACAUUAUUUUACUCCUGAUGGGCAUCACUCUCAUGUUGAUUGAAAUCUGUCGUUCCAUCAGUGUCCUGGAUGGGCUGAAGCUUAAUGCAUUUGCUGCUAUAUUCACCGUUUUAGCAGGUCUCCUUGGAAUGGUGGCUCACAUGAUGUAUACAACCGUAUUUCAAAUGACAGUAAAUUUUGGUCCGGAAGACUGGAGGCCUCAGAUGUGGGAUUAUGGCUGGUCUUACUGCUUGGCGUGGGUUUCCUUUGCCUGCUGCAUGGCUUCCUCUGUGACCACAAUGAACAGAUACACAAAAACUAUUUUGGAAUUUAAAUAUAAACAGAAAAAACUGGAGAGAAGUCUACAAGCUAAAUCCAAUCCUCCUGUUCCAGAAAAGGCUUGGAAGAUGUACGUUGACACCCUCCAGAGAACAACCGAGGACUUAAUGCAUCCCUUAACAGACAUUCACAACCCAUCCAGUCCUAUGGAAUUUGCAGAGUUAAAUAAUAUUCCUGUGGCACAUUGUGAAGAAUAUUGUUAA